AUGACUGAAAUUCCGAUGUCUGACGCCGCCGCGCCCGCCGCCGAUGUGUCUUCUCCCCCGGCUCCUGAGUCCUCCGGUCUCAAGAAGCGCAGAUGGCGUUCACCAUCCCAAGAGCCCCCCCGUACUGGCAAGAAGCUAAAAAAAAACGAAUCUGAAUCUACUGCUGCUCCUGCCUCCGCCCCUGACCCCGCUCCCACUCUCGCCGCCGCCGCCGCCGCCGCUCCUGCUCCUGCUCCUGCCCCUGCUCCCUCUCGUUUGUCGGGAGUACAUCUGCGCACCAAAGCAGAGCUGUUCGAGCUUGCGGCAAAACGUGAGGAUGAGUGGAAGACUCGUCAAAUUCAACUUGCUGAUGAUAAGCACGCAUUGGAGUAUUACAAAAAGCGUGUGGAAGAAACAGAGCGCGCGAUUGCUGCUGCUCCUGCGAAGAUAGCUGAGUUGAAAAAAGAGAUGAAACGGCUUAAGAGUGCUGCUUUUGCAGCAAAAAAGUAA